AUGGAAAGGUGUCUCUUUUCUCUUGCAGCCCACACACUCAUCUGCUUUUCGUGCUCUGAUGCCUCCUCCAACUGGGCCUGCCUGAAGCCUGUCAAGUGUGGGGAGAAUGAGAACCACUGCGUGACGACGUACGUCGGAGUGGGACUCGGCGGCAAAUCCGGCCAGUCCAUCUCCAAGGGCUGCUCCCCCAUCUGCCCCAGCGCCGGGAUCAACCUGGGAAUCGCGGCCGCCUCCGUCUACUGCUGCGAUUCCUUCCUGUGCAACAUCAGUGGCUCCAGCGGCGUCCGGGCCAGUUCCACCCUCUUGGCCCUGGGGAUCCUCGUGAGCUUCUUCUACGUCCUCCGGGCUCGAGAGAGUUGACGGGUUGGCCGAGGCAGAGCCACCUCCUGGAGGCCCCCCCGUGGGUCUCACCAGCCGAUAUCUUCUCUGUCGCUGUCUGCAAG